AUGAACAAGUCAUUGUUCGAAACAAUAGUUAACGGACUUUUCAAAGAAGUUGCAUAUUUUCAAGAAGGAAGAGAUGCUACCGGAAGGAUUAGUAUAUCCGCGUUAGUGAAAUGUACCGCAGCAAUUCGUAUGAUGGCUUAUGGUUGUACGGCGGAUCAGGUUGACGAGUACCUCCGGCUCGGUGAUACUACGGCGCACUUAUGUUUGGAAAAUUUCGUGGAAGGAGUUAUAUUUGUGUUUGGAGAAAAGUAUCUACGAAGACCUACAGCAGAUGAUCUUCAGCGGCUACUCAAUGUUGCAGAGGAGCGUGGAUUUCCGGGGAUGAUUGGGAGCAUCGACUGUAUGCAUUGGGAGUGGAAGAACUGUCUCGUCUCUUGGAAGGGCCAAUAUACCCGUGGCUCAGGAAAACCGACAAUUGUUUUAGAGGCGUAG